CAUAAUAUCUCGCGAUAACUGACCGAAAAACAGUAGAGAUCUCGUACAAGCCAAAGAGGAAUGACAUCUUGUCAACAGUCCACACAGAAGUAGCGUUACAGGCAUGCCACUGUGUGACACUGAGUAGCCAUUUGCCCCAGUGCCUCUCCUGCUUUUUGACCUCAUGACAACUCCACCACUUGGCCAGUUUCCUGCACAGCAGGCACAAGCAGCCCGGGAUGUAAACACAGCCUCACUAUGUCGCAUUGGACAGGAAACGGUGCAAGACAUAGUUUUAAGAACGAUGGAGAUUUUUCAGCUGCUUAGAAACAUGCAGCUACCGAAUGGGGUCACGUAUCAUCCGAACACUCAUCAAGACCGGCUGGGGAAGCUGCAGGAGCACCUGCGCAUGCUGUCUGUCCUCUUCCGCAAACUGCGCCUCGUCUAUGACAAAUGCAACGAGAACUGUGCCGGUCUGGAGCCCAUUCCUCCUGAGCAACUGAUCCCCUAUGUGGAGGACGACAGCUCCAAACUGGAUGAGCGUGUAGGCAGUCAGAUGCACUCAGCCAGUGAAGAGAGAAGAGAAGUGCUUGAGGUGAACAAGAAACUCAAACAGAAGAACCAACAACUGAAGCAGAUAAUGGACCAGCUCAGAAACCUCAUCUGGGAGAUUAACUCCAUGCUAGCAGUGAGGAGCUAAAACACACACACACACACACACACACACACAUACACACAUACACACAGCCUACUUGCAAGACACAUUAUUGUCUACACACGCUGCAUUAAUGAGAUGUGUUUUCACUGAGCGUGAAGUGAAAAGAUAGCAGAGACAGACGAGGGGUACUGAGGUGAAAAAUUGCACGAGGGAAGGAGGAAAGAGGAACGGAGUGAAACGGGGUAAAUUCUACUGCACUACAUGGUUCAGCAAGAAUUCAGUUUAUUUUGCCUUGUACUCAAUUUCAGCAAGAACAUUUACAAGACAGAGCGGAUCUCAUUUUCUGUGAAUUUCCUGGAUUUCAUUCAUUUCAAAUACAUUUAAAUCUGGGAAAAAAAAUCAUUUUAUCUAAAAUGUUUCGUAAGAAAAUGUAGCAACAAUAUAUAUUAAACUACAUAUGUAAUGUACACUGCUCAAUUAAAUAAAGGGAACACUUAAGCAACACAUCCUAGAUCUGAAUGAAUAUUAAUUACUUUGUUUUUUACAUAGUUGAAUGUGCUGACAACAAAAUCACACACAAAUUAUCAAUGAAAUUAUCAAUGAAGAUCAAAUUUAUUAACCCAUGGAGGUCUGGAUUUGGAGUCACAGUCAAAAUUGAAGUGGAAAAACACACUACAGGCUGAUCCAACUUUGAUGUAAUGUCCUUAAAACAAGUCAAAAUGAGGCUCAGUAGUGUGUGUGGCCUCCACGUGCCUGUAUGACCUUCCUACUACGCCUGGGCAUGCUCCUGAGGAGGUGGCGGAUGGUUUCCUGAGGGAUCUCCUCCCAGACCUGGACUAAAGCAUCCGCCAACUCCUGGACAGUCUGUGGUGCAACGUGGCGUUGGUGGAUGAAGCGAGACAUGAUGUCCCAGAUGUGCUCAAUUGGAUUCAGGUCUGGGGAAUGGGCGGACCAGUCCAUAGCAUCAAUGCCUUCGUCUUGCAGGAACUGCUGACACACUCCAGCCACAUGAGGUCUAGCAUUGUCUUGCAUUAGGAGGAACCCAGGGCCAACCGCACCGGCAUAUGGUCUCACAAGGGGUCUGAGGAUCUCAUCUCGGUACCUAAUGGCAGUCAGGCUACCUCUGGCGAGCACAUGGAGGGCUGUCUGGCCCUCCAAAGAAAUGCCACCCCACACCAUUACUGACCCACUGCCAAACCGGUCAUGCUGGAGGAUGUUGCAGGCAGCAGAACUUUCUCCACGGCGUCUCCAGACUCUGUCACGUCUGUCACAUGUGCUCAGUGUGAACCUGCUUUUAUCUGUGAAGAGAAGAGGGCGUCAGUGGUGAGUUUGCCAAUCUUGGUGUUCUCCAAACAUCCUGCCUGGCAUUGGGCUGUAAGAACAACCCCCACCUGUGGAUGUCAGGCCCUCAUACCACCCUCAUGGAGUCUGUUUCUGACCGUUUGAGCAGAGACAUGCACAUUUGUGGCUUGCUGGAGGUAAUUUUGCAGGGCUCUGGCAGUGCUCCUCCUGUUCCUCCUUGCACAAAGGCGGAGGUAGCGGUCCUGCUGCUGGGUUGUUGCCCUCCUACAGCCUCCUCCACGUCUCCUGAUGUACUGGCCUGUCUCCUGGUAGCGCCUCCAAGCUCUGGACACUACGCUGACAGACACAGCAAACCUUCUUGCUACAGCUCGCAUUGAUGUGCCAUCCUGGAUGAGCUGCGCUACCUGAGCCACUUGUGUGGGUUGUAGACUCCGUCUCAUACUACCACUAGAGUGAAAGCACCGCCAGCAUUCAAAAGUGACCAAAAUGUCAGCCAGAAAGCAUAGGAACUGAGACGUGGUCUGUGGUCACCACCUGCAGAAACACUCCUUUAUUGGGGGUGUCUUGCUAACUGCCUAUAAUUUCCACCUGUUGUCUAUUCCAUUUGCACAACAACAUGUGAAAUUGAUUGUCAAUCAGUGUUGCUUCCUAAGUGGGCAGUUUGAUUUCACAGUGUGAUUGACUUGGAGUUACAUUGUGUUGUUUAAGUGUUCUCUUUAUUUUUUUUUGAGCAGUGUAUAUUGCAGUGUUUUUACAGUAUUUUUAUUUUUAUUUUUAUUCAAUGCAAAGCCUACAUAAUGCCAGAAAUGCUGGCAGGUCUGUACUGCAUAAUUAUUAUUAAACAGUAUAAAAAUGAACUCCUUCAUAUUUAUGAUAUGAUUUGCACGAAUGAGUUGAGUUUUAAAGACACUUUUGGUUUAUCUGUGAAAAACUAAAGCCUGGUUCAUAUCCACAGAAAAGGAGGAUGAUCUUUAAACAAAAAGCGCACGGUUAUUAAUGUCUGUUCAAACAAAAGGAAACUAAGGACGAAGGUGAUACAGAAUCACUUCAAAAGAAAAGUUUCUGGAAAUACAGUGAGACCUCGAGAUACGAGUGCUUUGACAUAUGAAUUUUUUGAGAUACGAGCUGUGAUUCGACCAUAUUUUUGGCUUGAGAUACGAGCAAAUUUUUGAGAUACGAGCAUCCGAGCUGCCGCCGCCGAAACAAAGAUCCCCAACAACCAUGUGUGCUCUGUUUCCCCGCCUCAGCUUCCCACGUCUCACUCGGUUAAAGCUGCCUUUCCACUGCACACGACAAACGAUGGCCGAUAAACAGGAAGUCAUUCAUUUCCUAUGGAGAGUCGCAAAGGCGCUGCGUGAGGUGCCGACCAUCUGCGUUAGAUCCGUUAAAAAUGUGAACUUGUGCGACUACACCGCAUCUGAUAUACCGACCGGACAGGUUUUUAUUAAAACGACCGGCAGAUGUUAGUGAGGAAAGAGUGACAAAAAAGGCAAAAACAAGUGAAGAGAAAAGUGAUGAAGAAAAUUAAGCAAAAUUAAUGUAAAGAAAACAGAAAUUGUAGCAAUUAAGUUCAGUUAAGAGAAAUCAAGCAUCGCGUUAGUUCUGGCAGGCCACGUCGUCAAGCGUGUAUCAGCUGUUAAUCAGCUGCACCAAUCCGGUUACGACAUCCAUAUUACCGACCAGUUAAAUUCCCAUUCAUAGAGCCGCUUUCUAGCGCGUCGCUGCUGCUGCGAUCUAAACUUCCCUCCUCCAACCCCGACUCCACCAUGCCGGAACCUGUGUUUGUUGUACCAGUUUACGUCAUAAAUCUCCACAUAUUUCUCUCUCUCUCUCUAAUUAUUUAUUUAUCCAUUUAUUAUUUUCCUUUCCUAUUUUUACCUCUAUGCAUGAUUAAUGUUCUGUUAUACGGGGGUCUAUACUAUUUUCUAGUUGCUGCUCUCCGCGCUCUAAAUGAAGUUUAGUUAAGUUCCAUUUAAGUGUAAAGUAGCAUUAAGAGUGUAAGUAGCGAGUAAGUGAACGAAAGUGAAAGUGUAAUUCCUCCUAACUCCUCCGCCUGUUUACUCCUCCCUCCGUGUGCAUCUUCCGUAAAGUAAAACCAGUUUAUUUUUUUUAACAUUCUCUUUUAUUACUGUAUGUUUUUAUACAAUAUUUGUCAUUUAUAAAUACAGGUACUGUACAUUUUUCAUAUUCAAAACACAAACAAAACGAGCUGGAACGGAUUAAUGGGAUUUCAGUUCAUUUAAAUGGGGAAAAUUGCUUUGAGAUACGAGCAAUUUGAGAUAUGAGCAAGGUCACGGAACGAAUUAAACUUGUAUCUCAAUGUAUCACUGUAUUUUGUCUUCUUUUAUUUGUUUUUUUUUUUUAACUCAGACCUUGAGUAAAGUGGAACACUUUAUGCAUUUUUACAGCUUGGAAUGAGGAAGCAUCAUUUUCAUAUUGUAGCUGAACACUGAUUCGUUACGACCUACACUUGUGUGAGGUUUGUUUGAGGAGGUGUGCGACAUGCCAAUGGUUUCUGUCUGUUUACACGUUACACAUCCGUCACACACAGUAGCUGUGAACUCCCAAUUCUGAACUACUGCCUUUGAAAGUGUCAAAACAAAACAUGUUAACACAUCAGCCUUCACGCACAGAUGAAACAAUAAAACACACAAUCAUCUACCAUCAAA